UUAAUAGAUACUGUGCACCUCUACCAAACCCCAACUUGGUGCAAUACGAUUCCUCUGAGACAAAAAAUCGUCCAAAAUGUUUGUGUACAGUGCGCUGGUGCUCUACAACUUCGCGGUCGAGGAGUUCUCCACCAAAGUUUUGUUUGUGUUUUUGACAGUUUUAAUGUUAGUUCGCGGCCUGCAGAUGCUCCGAGAGGCCACUUCGCUACCCCCCGGCCCUUGGGGGUUGCCGGUGCUCGGGUCGCUGCCGUUUCUCAAAGGAGAUCUGCACCUGCACUUCAGGGACCUCACUCACAAAUACGGCAAUCUCUUCUCCACCAGGCUGGGCUCCCAACUCAUCGUCGUCCUCAGCGACUACAAGACCAUCAGGGACACAUUUCGCAAAGAGGAAUUCACCGGCAGGCCCACCACCGAAUUCACAAACAUCCUAGGAGGUUAUGGAGUGAUAAAUACAGCAGGCAAAUUGUGGAAGGACCAGCGCAGGUUCCUGCACGACGGCUUGCGCCACUUCGGCAUGUCCUACCUGGGCUCCAGGAAGGCCCAGAUGGAGAACCGUAUCAUGACCGAGGUGGAGGAGUUUCUGCAAGUCCUCAAGGCGCAGAAAGACGACACCAUUGACUUAAAUCCAGUGUUCGCAGUGUCCAUCUCCAACGUCAUUUGCGACGUUCUAAUGUCCGUUAGAUUUUCGCACAAUGACGAGAGGUUCAUCCGGUUUAUGAACCUCAUCGACGAGGGGUUCAAGCUAUUCGGGUCCCUGGAGGCUGCCCUCUUCAUACCCAUCCUGAAGUACCUCCCGGGCCACUCCACUACACGCCAAAAAAUUGCCAAGAAUCGCGAAGAGAUGGCGCAAUUUUUGCAAGAAACAAUCGACGAUCACAGGAAGACCUUUGACCCCAGCCAUCUGAGGGACCUCCUUGAUACUUACUUGUACGAAAUCCAGAAAGCUAACGAGGAGGGCACCGGGCAUCACUUGUUUGAGGGCAAAGAUCACGAUCGUCAAAUGCAGCAGAUCAUGGGAGAUCUCUUUUCCGCAGGCAUGGAGACAAUCAAAAGUUCCCUCCAAUGGGCAGUUUUGUUUAUGCUGCACAAUCCAGACACAAUGAGAGCCGUCCAAGAAGAACUAGAUCAAGUCGUGGGACGCCAGAGGUUACCAAAAUUAGAAGACCUUGCUUACCUGCCAGUUACCGAGUCCACUAUCCUUGAAGUCCUCAGAAUAUCCAGCAUAGUACCCAUGGGCACCACACACGCGCCGACCAGAGAUAUCCAGUUGAAUGGGUUCCACUUACCUCAGCACGCCCAAGUGGUGCCGCUGCUGCACGCCGUGCACAUGGACCCCACCCUCUGGGAGGAACCCGAAAGGUUCAACCCCGCCAGGUUCAUCAACUCCGAGGGCAAAGUUACCAAGCCCGAGUAUUUCUUGCCCUUCGGAGUGGGUAGAAGAAUGUGCCUGGGCGAGAUACUGGCCAGGAUGGAGCUUUUCCUCUUCUUCUCGUCCCUCCUCCACUCCUUUCAUAUAUCGGUGCCCGCUGGACAAACAUUGCCCAGUUUAAAGGGGAUUGCGGGAGUCACCAUCAGUCCCAGAGCGUUCAGAGUGUGUCUGAAGUCCAGAGCGAUGGACUGGGACAACGAGGACGCGUACCACUGCCAUUAGUGGCUCGCGUUUUCGUGAAGAGCACGGUGUGAGUUUCCUACUGCUUAUAGAGGCACAGUACUUACUACAAUGAAAGACAUUCCUCCGAAAGAGAUCUCCGAUUUGGAUCGGCUGUGCAAAGUGUUCAAUUUUCCGUAGUAUUAUAAUUUAGCUGUUAGUAAAACUGCUAGUCAACGUCUCAUCCUUGCAUCCCCAAACGGUUCAUAGUUACUUUUUUACAUUUAUUUUUUACCAUUUUGACGUUUUUACCGUUUUAUUUUUUUUACCGGUUUGGAGCUGCAAUGUCGUUCGUCAUGUUACCCACGUUUUAAACCAGUGAACUUAAUGUAGACUUUAUCCAUUGGGUGGGCUUGUUGUACAAGCCGUCCACAUGGUCAUCAUUCAUGUUUUCCAUGUAGCAUUAAGUGUUGUAAAUAUUAUUUUAUUGUUUGUAAUCUUGCUAAGUGUAUAUUUUAAAGAGAGCAAGACUUAUUUUAAGGUUAUUUUGUUAUUUAAAUAUUUUAACGAUGGCACAAUGUUUAAUAAAUUAUAAUUUUAAUUUA